AUGACGCAGAAAGCAAGGACAUUCUCAAUUAAGCAAGAGACUGAAAAGGCUGAUUUUAAUGCUCAAACAGUGCAAGGCUGGACAGCUCUGAUGCUAGCUAUUGCAAAUGGUCAUCAUGAUGUCGUCAAAUUGUUAGUUAUAAAGGGUGCUGAUGUGAAUAUAUGUGCAUUUGAUGGAUCCACUGCUCUCUCAUUAGCAAAAGAUCUUGGCCACAGUCAAAUAAUUCAACUUCUUCAAAACAAGGAUAGGACAUGUCAAGCUCUUAAGUUUCUCAUUGCUCUAGGAGCUGAUAUUAACUAUUCCAAAAACGAAAAAAAUUCCACAGCACUGAUGGUAGCCAGUGAAAAUGAUCAUCAUGAAGUAGUAUGUCUUUUAAUUGAAAAACAGGCCAAUCCUAAUAUUCGAAAGCAAGAUGGUGCAACAGCCAUUAUGAUAGCAAGUUACAAUGGUAAUUAUCAAGUUGUGGAAUUGUUACUCAAUGCCCGAGCUGAUACGAGCAUGCGAACACAUGAUGGAACAACAGCCUUGAUGUAUGCUAGUCAAAAUGGACAUCACCAAGUGGUAGAACUGUUACUAAAGGAACAAGCAGAUGUUAACAUGCAAACAAAGUUAGGAACAACAGCUCUGUUUAUGGCCAGUCAAAAUGGUCAUUAUCAAAUAGUGGAACUGCUACUUACAAAACAAGCUGAUCCUAACAUUCAAGAGAAAGAUGGGUGCACAGCUCUAAUGGUAGCCAGUCAAAAUGGUCAUUAUGAAGUGGUAGAAUUACUACUGAAAGAAGUUGAUCCUAAUAUUCAAAUGCAAGAUGGACGAACUGCUCUAUUUAUGGCUAGUCAAAAUGGCUUUGAUCAAGUAGUGGAACUGCUUCUUAAAGAGCAAGGCAGUCUUACUCAUCGAAAGCACACAGAUCCAGAUAUUCAAGCCCAAAAAUGGAAUAACACAGCCCUUAUUAUAGCCCCAGAUGGCAUAACAGCUCUGAUGUCAGCUAGUUUCCUUGGCAAUUACCAAAUAGUUGAGCUUUUACUCAAAGAAAAUGCAGAUAUUAACAUUCAAAAUGAACAAGGACACACAGCUCUAAUGUUAGCAAGCAUGAGUGGUCAUCAUCAAGUAGUUGAACUGUUACUUAAAGAACAUGCUGACGUUAAUAUACAUGCAAAUGAUGGCUCCACUGCACUCUCACUGGCAAUGGAGCAAGGCCAGAAUAAAACAGACGAACAGCCUUGUAUAGCUAGUGAAAACGGUCAUUAUCAAGUGGUGGAACUGCUACUCAAGGAACAAGCUGAUCCUAAUAUCAAAGAUGAAGAAGAUUGGACCGCACUGAUGAUAGCCAGUCAAAAUGGUCAUUAUCAAGUGGUGGAAGUGCUACUCAACCAACAAGUUGAUCCUAAUAUCAAAGAAAAAGAAGAUUGGACUGCACUGAUGAUAGCCAGUCAAAAUGUGGUGGAAGUGCUACUCAACCAAAAAGCUGAUCCUAAUAUCAAAGAUGAAGAAGAUUGGACUGCACUGAUGAUAGCCAGUGAAAAUGGUCAUUAUCAAGUGGUGGAACUGCUACUCAACCAACAAGCUGAUCCUAAUAUCCAAUUGCCAGACAGACGAACAGCCUUGUACAUAGCUAGUGAAAAUGGUCAUUAUGAAAUGGUGGAACUGCUACUGAAUCAAAAAGCUGAUCCUAAUAUUCAAAACAAUAAUGGAGCAACAGCCCUUAUGAAAGCUACUCAAAAUGGUCAUUAUGAAAUGGUGGAACUGCUACUCAACCAAAAAGCUGGUUCUAAUAUUCAAAACAAUAAUGGAACAACAGCCCUUAUGAUAGCUACUCAAAAUGGUCAUUAUGAAAUGGUGGAACUGCUACUCAACCAAAAAGCUGGUUCUAAUAUUCAAAACAAUAAUGGAACAACAGCCCUUAUGAUAGCUAGUAAAAAUGGUCAUUAUGAAAUGGUGGAACUGCUACUCAACCAACAAGCUGAUCCUAAUAUCCAAUUGGUAGACAAACGAACAGCCUUGUACAUAGCUAGUGAAAACGGUCAUUAUCAAGUGGUGGAAGUGCUACUCAACCAACAAGCUGAUCCUAAUAUCAAAGAAAAAGAAGAUUGGACCGCACUGAUGAGAGCCAGUCAAAACGGUCAUUAUCAAGUGGUGGAAGUGCUACUCAACCAACAAGCUGAUCCUAAUAUCAAAGAAAAAGAUGAUUGGACUGCACUGAUGAUAGCCAGUCAAAAUGGUCAUUACCAAGUGGUGGAAGUGCUACUCAACCAACAAGCUGAUCCUAAUAUUCAAAACAAUAACGGAGCAACAGCCCUGUACAUAGCCAGUCAAAAUGGUCAUUAUCAAGUGGUGGAAGUGCUACUCAACCAACAAGCUGAUCCUAAUAUCAAAGAAAAAGAAGAUUGGACUGAACUGAUGAUAGCCAGUGAAAAUGGUCAUUAUCAAGUGGUGGAAGUGCUACUCAACCAACAAGCUGAUCCUAAUAUUCAAAACAAUAAUGGAGCAACAGCCCUGUACAUAUCCAGUCAAAAUGGUCAUUAUGAAAUUGUGGAAGUGCUACUCAACCAACAAGCUGAUCCUAAUAUUCAAAACAAUAACGGAGCAACAGCCCUGUACAUAGCCAGUCAAAACGGUGAUUAUCAAGUGGUGGAACUGCUACUCAACCAACAAGCUGAUCCUAAUAUCAAAGAAAAAGAAGAUUGGACUGCACUGAUGAUAGCCAGUGAAAAUGGUCAUUAUCAAGUGGUGGAAGUGCUACUCAACCAACAAGCUGAUCCUAAUAUUCAAAACAAUAAUGGAACAACAGCCCUUAUGAUAGCUACUCAAAAUGGUCAUUAUGAAAUGGUGGAACUGCUACUCAACCAAAAAGCUGGUUCUAAUAUUCAAAACAAUAAUGGAACAACAGCCCUUAUGAUAGCUAGUCAAAAUGGUCAUUAUGAAAUGGUGGAACUGCUACUCAACCAAAAAGCUGAUCCUAAUAUCCAAUUGGCAUGCAGACGAACAGCCUUGUACAUAGCUAGUGAAAACGGUCAUUAUCAAGUGGUGGAACUGCUACUCAAGGAACAAGCUGAUCCUAAUAUCAAAGAUGAAGAAGAUUGGACCGCACUGAUGAUAGCCAGUCAAAACGGUCAUUAUCAAGUGGUGGAACUGCUACUCAAGGAACAAGCCGAUCCUAAUAUCAAAGAUGAAGAAGAUUGGACUGCACUGAUGAUACCCUUAUGA